GCCAGUACAUGGACUUAUUUUCCUUUUCAAGUGGCAGCCUGGAGAGGAACCAGCAGGUUCUGUUGUUCAGGAUUCCAGACUGGAUACAAUAUUUUUUGCAAAACAGGUAAUUAAUAAUGCUUGUGCUACUCAAGCCAUAGUAAGUGUGUUGUUAAAUUGUGCUCAUCAAGACAUCCAUCUAGGAGAGACUUUGUCAGAAUUUAAAGAAUUUUCACAAAGCUUCGAUGCUGCGAUGAAGGGUUUGGCACUAAGCAACUCAGAAGUGAUUCGACAAGUUCACAACAGUUUUGCCAGACAACAGAUGUUUGAAUUUGAUGCAAAGUCUUCAGCAAAAGAAGAAGAUGCGUUUCACUUUGUGAGCUAUGUUCCUGUUAAUGGGCGGCUGUACGAACUAGAUGGAUUGAGGGAAGGACCGAUUGAUUUAGGUUCAUGCAAUCAAGAUGACUGGAUAAGUGCUGUACGGCCUGUCAUAGAAAAGCGUAUACAAAAGUACAGCGAAGGUGAGAUAAGGUUUAACUUGAUGGCUAUUGUAUCUGACAGAAAGAUGAUAUAUGAGCAGAGGAUUGCAGAACUGCAGCAGCAACUUGCAGAGGAGGAGCCUAUGGAUACAGAUCAAAGUAGUAAUAUGUUAAGUUCUAUACAAUCAGAAGUUGCAAAAUACCAGAUGUUAAUUGAAGAAGAGAACCAAAAAUUAAAAAGAUAUAAGGUAUGUAACCUUUGCUUGUCUGAUGAAACUUGGAAAAGUU